GGCGGGGGCUGCGUUGGUCUCGCCGCACCGGCGGUGCUGCGCGGUGCUGCCCGGGCCAUGCACUCCCUCACCCAGGAGAUCCGCAACUUCUCCAGGGCUAACCUGCGCAAGCAGCGCACCCGCGUCACGACGCUGACGGGCCGGAGGGUCAUCGAGACGUGGCGCGGCGCCUGCCUGCAGGUGGAGGAGGCGGAGGCGGCGCCCGGUGGCAGCGGCUAUGUGCAGGACCUCAGCGCCGACCUGCAGGUCGGCGUCGUGAAGCCCUGGUUGCUGCUGGGGUCGCAGGAUGCUGCUCACGACCUGGAGACCAUGAAAAAGUAUAAGGUUACUCAUGUUCUAAAUGUGGCAUAUGGAGUCCAAAAUGCCUUCCUGAAUGACUUCAUAUACAAGACCAUUUCAAUUCUGGACCUUCCAGAAACAGAUAUUACCUCCUAUUUCCCAGAAUGUUUUGAAUUUAUUGAGACAGCCAAGAUCCAGGAUGGUGUGGUGCUGGUCCACUGCAAUGCAGGAGUCUCCCGUGCAGCAGCAGUAGUCAUUGGUUUCCUCAUGCAUUCAGAAAGACUGAACUUUGCUACAGCCUUCUCCUUGGUGAAAAAUGCCAGGCCUGUGGCAUGUCCAAAUCCUGGCUUCAUGGAGCAGCUUCACAAGUACCAAGAACAGAAUAUAAAGACCAAUGGAAACAUAAAUGACCAUCACUGAUCCAAAGGGAGAAGCAGAGAAGCAAAUCUAUCUGCUUUGACUGUACACUAACAGAGGUUGGAUGUGCUUCAAGCUGGCAUUUUUUGCAGUCCCCUUCCACAUGUGCAUUUUGUUAAAGUCUGUUUAAGUAUUUAUUGUUUUCUUCCCCUCCUUUCCUUUCAGCAUGGGGCCUCAAGGCCAGAUGGUGCUCCACUAACUUGGGAGGUGUUUCUGCCCAAGAAUAAGCUCUUUCCAAAACAAUAAUUAAGAAAUUGAGUUUUCCUUGGACUGAUAGAAAAAUAAAGACUUUUUUUUAUUGGGCUAUCAGAAAA